AUGACGCCGUUGUCGCGCGACGGGCGCCGGUCUUUCCUGGCGGCUGUGCACGCGCGGGCGAUUGCUCGAGGUGCUCUGGAUACCGAGCAUAGCUCUUCUCUGUCUGUGGUUGCCAACCUCCAGAGAUAUAAAAUGGCUGCCAAGUUGAUGCAGCGCUGCCAUCGAUUGUUUGGUCUCUCGUCUCCCUUGUGCAUCCACACGAAUGCAAUGUGUGCAGGGAGCAAGAUGGUAAUUUCUAGAGCACCAUCCCAGAUCCCUCUUGCCUCAUUCAGAGUUCUGAGCUUCACGCAACGAACAGACAAACUCUCAGUCCAAGAGCAAGUAUACAGAACUCCCCACAACCGCGAUGAGAUGGAAGGCCUCAUUGGCUCAGCAGCCACCAUAGAGGACCUCUUGCAUUGCGGGGAACUUCACCACGUAAACGCAAACCAGGCUGCCUUAAUAAUCACCCGGCUCUCCCGUAUGGUGGUGGAACAAAAAUUGGAACCUGGCAGUGUUUUGGAGGAUGCACGCUUCCAGCGCCUGCUUCAAACUGUGCAUACUGAGAUCUCUCACGUCUGGAACACAGCUUUGGUGAACCUCCUGAAGAGCCUCUCUUUGCUGGGCCUGGAGCACAACAAGUGGCGCUCGGUAGAGCAGGAGGUGCGGUGGCGGCUGAGGCGCCUGCCCUUCAGGCAACUGGCCUCCCUGGCUGAGCACUUGGCAGUGGGAGCUCGCAGGGGCGAGCCGAGUGACCUUCUGGACGACCUGCUGAAGCAGCUGGAGCUGCGCUGGACAGAGAUCGAGGACCCCCGGACUCUGGUCACGCUGAUGGCCAAAGUGGGGGCUUUCUCUCCGGCCCUGAUGGACCGUCUGGAGGACAAGGGCUUAGAGCUGGCAGAGCAGUUCAGUCCCGAGGAUGCUCGGAAAAUAGCCAUGGCGUUAGCAUUUCAGAACCGGCGGUCCAUCCCUCUGCUCCGGGCCAUUUCGUACCACUUGGUCCAGAAGCAUUUCACGCUGAGCACUGGCGUCCUCCUCGACGUGGCUUUCGCCUACGGGAAGCUGAAUUUCCACCAGACGCAGGUUUUCCAGAAGAUAGCGUCCGACCUGCAUCCCCGCGUUGCUGAGAUGGCACCCUGGGACGUGGUGCGCUGCCUCAAGUCCUUCGCCUUCCUCAAAUGGCUCAACCUGCCCCUGUUUGAGGCCUUUGCGCAGUACACUGUGGACAACGCCCACAAAUUCAGCCCCGUCCACCUGAGCAAUGUCGUCCUGGCGUUUGCGCGCCUGAACUUCCAGCCCAGCUGUGGGGAGGCCUUCUUCAGCACGAUCCAAGGACAUCUGGAUGACCACCUGGACUUCCUGGACCCGUACCUGCUGGUGGACUUGGUGUGGUCACUCUGCGUGCUGCAGCAAGCAAAGGCUGGCCACCUGCGAACAGUGCUGGUUCCGGAGUUUUGCGCUCACUUCUUAGGUGAUCAGUCCCCCAAGGGGCAGAACUACCAGCUGAAACUGAUCCACGUCAACUCCACCGCCCGCCUGGAGUGUGCCGGCUACGAUGGGCCUCUCUUGCCACAGGAAGUCCUGGGCAUCAAGGAGCUGCAAGGGGAAAGGAAGGCGACCCCCCUACAGAGCAGCCUGAAAGAAACGCUGCAGAGUGUUGCGGGCGACGAGGCCAAGGCCCGUUUCGAGGUGGACACCGUCUACGGCUGGCAGCUGGAUGCCGAGAUGGUCCUCAACAGUGACAGCCAGCCCCUGCCCGUGGCAGACUUCGAUGCGCCCCACCUGCUCCAGCCCGGGGGAUCUAAACCCCUCCCGCCAGGGGCCAGGAGGCUUGCCUUCCUGAGAUGGGAGUUCCCAAACUUUAGCAACCGGAGCAAAGACCUGCUGGGGAGAUUCGCCAUGGCCCGGCGGCACCUUCAAGUGGCGGGGUUCUUGCUUGUUGAUGUUCCUUAUUAUGAAUGGCUUGAUUUGAAGUCGGAGUGGCAGAAAGCCGCCUUUCUCAGGGACAGGAUGAACAAGGCUGUGGCGGAAGACAUGGCAAAGUAGAGGCGGACUCAAGGAAGGGGAAGGAGAGAGACUCUU